ACAUGUGUGUAAAGUGUCACUCAGAACAGAUCAGCUGCGCGCGUGCACGGAUAGGAUUAAAGUGUCAUUUAGGUUCAGGUAUCGCAAUUUUCUGAUCAGCUGCGCGCGUGCACGGACUGAAGUGUCAUGGCUGCCGCGCGCCGCCGAACGCUUGACUGGACGUGAGGGAAAGAGCUUUUCUGUGCAUGCCGACAAAGUUCAUCCGAACCCUUUUAAAACACAAUAAAGAGGACUUUACUGCACUGGGAAAGAACUGCAGGGUUCUGAACGGUCAUUAUGAAUGUGGGCAGUGCCAAGAAUGAAGCGAGCGGAAACUGGCAUAAGCGUCUGCGUCUCAGGAAAAACUCCUUCACAUCCUCCUGUGUACAAAACACUGUGAAACAAGAGAGGAAACAUGGACAAACAUCUACAGAAACAUCAGAGAAGCGUGCCGAGAGUCUGCAGAACGGUCAGACGGUGGCCGACACCGUAAACGAACGGAUGUUGUGUUGCUCUGCGUGUCAAGACGGCCGCACGUUCAGCCGCAGUGAAUUAACACAACAUUAUAAGAUCAUCCACGCUGGUCAAGCCCCAGUGUUUCCCUGCGACACAUGCAGCUUCUCCACGCCAGUGUUCUCAACGCUUCAGCAUCACAGAAUAAUGCACAAGAACUGUUGGUUUCCCUCUGAGGCUUGGGAUGACAACGUCCAGCAAACCUUUCCUCAACUGUCCCAACACUGUCAUGGAGAAAACAUCAGUACUGUGGAGAUUAAGAGAGACGCGGCGGGUGAGGAACACAAAGAUUUGCUCGGCGCGUGUCGUCACAGAUGGAGAAGAAGAAGAAAGUGGUGGAGAAAGCGAGAGCCAGCCGCCACACCAGAGGACAAACCCUCCCACCACCUCCAGUUUAUACAUCCAAAACCAGAAGCGCACUGGACGUCUCCAGUACUUCCCAUAUCAGCUCCAGGUCUUCUGGACAAUCGGGAAGUUUUACCAGAUCCCGAGAGAACUCUUCAGGAGACGCAGCAGUUUCUGGAAAAGUGGCCCGUGUUCCUCAAAACCGAGUUGGAUCAGACUAUACCCGUCCCGUCUGGAGCGAGAGAACGACGACAUCCGGAGCUGAUCAGCGGCCUGAUGGAGAAGAAUAAGAUAUCCGUGCAACCCGACUGCACUACAAGAGUACUUGGCUUCAAGAUGGUGGAUGGCAAGAAGCAUUUAAUUAUCAAAGUCAUUCCGUCAAACAAACGAGACGCUUCGGGCCCGAGGAGAUCAAAAGGUGUUAAAUGUCAGACAGCAAAGGAUCAGACGUGGCUUGAGCGGGACGGGUGGAGCACUAAACACACUUCUGACAGAGAACUGACAUCCAGCAGGUGGAAAGAGAUCUCAACUGUCAAAACUCUUUACAGUCCCCACGAAGACAAAUCCCAGCUAAACUUUAUCACGAGCCAAAGACAUUCCGGUUGUCGCGGCGACGUGGCCUCAGGUUCCUCAGAAGAGAGAUGUCAUUCCCAGUUUGUUGCUCUGGUAUCUGAGGAAGAGUUUCAGCGUUCAGACCUGACAGAGGUGCCGACAGACUCAUGUGUCCGUUCAAGCGCUGGAUCUCCUCUGAAAGAUUUCUGUCAGACUGAGAGUGAGAUCAGUGAGGUGUUAUUCCACAGCAGUGCUGCUGAUGAUGAGAGCACAAACAACACAAACCCCAGAGAUCUUCAGAUCCCAGUAGAUGAGUGUGAAUGUGAGAAGAGAACACAUCAGCUCUCUCGUUCACUGCACACACGCCUCUCAUCAUCAUCACAUCAUCUCAUCACUGACGCUGAAGGUAUAAAUCAGCGACGUGAGCUCCUCGGCACAGAGACCUCUCAGAAGCGUGCGGUACAAGUGUUGUUGAAUCAAGAAUCCCAGAAGAGACGGCGUCCAGAGGAGAGGGACAUCCGCUGGGAGGCCGUUCCUCGAGACGUGCCCAGAUCUCUUAGACUGAGACCUCACUGCUCCUCACAGUUCAUCUCCGUCCCGCGGGAGAAGCAGCCGGUCGUAGUUCUCAAUCAUCCUGACACACAUAUUCCAGAGGUGAUGGGCAUCAUGAGAGUAAUUCAGCAGCAUAAAGGAGCUGUUCAGCGAGUCGUUCUCUCUCGAAAGACCCUCAGCACUCUGGCAGACCGCGAGCGUCACGUGUCCCGCUGGCCGGACGAGGCGGUUAAAGAACGAUUUAGCCUGAAACUGCGGCUGAAGAGAGUGUGCGGAAGAAAGUUUACCGUGGUACCGCCAGCGCCGGAGAGCCUGGUACCCCAGCCCAUGUUCAGAUGCUGGUUUUGUGGACGGCUUUUCCAAGAUCAAGAGGUGUGGGUGGGUCACGGUCAAAGACAUCUCACAGAGGCCACCAGAGGCUGGAAUCACAUCUUUAACACGUAACACAAUCAGUUCUCAGGUGACUGUGGAUGUUUAUGGAAUACUCCAGAGUUAUUUAUGACGUUUGUAAAAUGUGAAAAGCAGACAGAGAUGAGAGCUCAGCUCAUGUUUUUCUCACAUUGGCUUCUUUCAGGUAACAGUUUGAAAUGACUGAGCGUGGGUUUUGAAGUAAGACAUCUGUCUGUCUCAGUAAUACUUGAGUUAGUUCUGCAUUAUUUUGGUCGAUGUGCAGUGCUGCACGCAUUGACUUGAACUUUGACAGAAGAUUGCUGGAUGUGUUGUGUUUGUUUCAAAUGACACCGGCACACUGGAGCAUAUACAGUACAGAAUGAGUUUUGUAUUUAUUUGUUUGUCUUUCUGUAAUGUGUGCUUGAGAUGUUCAAAGUUUUAUUUAAAAUACCUGAACUGGGUUCUCAGAAUGUCCUAAACUUGAUGUUUUGAUUUCAGCGGUCAGAUCAGGUUUGAUUCUCAUUUCUUAAGCCAAAGUUCUCAUAGACCUCAGAAUAAUAAUGUGAGUGUUGAAGAGUUUAUUUACACUUGAACUGUGAUGGUCUGGAGCUUCAUCAUGGUCAAGAGAAUCAUGUGAAGACUUCAAUCAAAGUCUCUUGUGUUUGUUCCACUAACAGCUGUGCAGAACUCAGGAGCUGUCAAUAAAUCAUUCUUUUCAAGAACA